AUGGUGGAUCCUGAGAAGACACCGUCGAUCGACGGAUCAACGCCCGGCGCAAGCAAUGUGGAAAUCCCCCAAAUCGAUGAGAAAAAGCGCUCAUUCCACGAAAAGGUCGAUCUCGAAGCGGGAACAAAAACAACCGAAGACGCGAUAGAAAAGGAGGAUGUCGCUCGCGACCCCAACAUUGUCGAUUGGGAUGGUCCCAAUGACCCGGAGAACCCUCUCAACUGGACCAAGAAGCAGAAAGUCAGCGCAACUGUCUCGAUCGCUUUGAUAACAUUCCUGACACCCCUCGGCUCUUCCAUGUUUGCACCCGGCGUCAACCAACUCGUCAAAGAUUUCGAAAUCACAAGCACAGAACUUGCAUCCUUUGUUGUUUCGGUGUACCUGCUCGGGUAUUGCUUCGGUCCUCUUCUCAUUGCGCCUAUUUCGGAACUCUAUGGGAGACGAUGGGUCUACAAUGUCUGCAACAUCUUCUAUGUGAUCUGGACAAUUACCUGUGCUGUCGCGCCGGAUAUUGGCAGCUUGACUGUCUUCCGCUUCUUCGCUGGCUGCGUGGGUAGCUGUCCGUUGACCAUAGGCGCGGGCUCAAUUGCGGAUAUGUUUGCGCAGGAGAAAAGAGGUAGUGCCAUGGCGGCUUGGGCCAUUGGACCCCUCAUUGGUCCUGUUGUUGGUCCCGUUGGUAAAUAUAUUUUUUCCUGCGGGGGAUACCUCGCACAAGCAAAAGGCUGGAGAUGGACCUUCUGGGUGCUCGCUAUGGCUAGCGGCGCCGUGGUAUUCAGCUCCAUCCUGACCAUCAAAGAAUCCUACGCGCCAACUCUCCUAGCCCGCAAAACCAAACGACUCCAAAAAGAAACCGGCAAUCCCAACCUCCGCUCCGCCCUCGACACAGGCCGAACCCCGCGCGACCUCUUCAUCUUCUCCGUCGUACGCCCAACAAAAAUGCUCUUCAUGUCACCAAUCGUCUUCCUUCUCUCGCUCUACGUCGGCGUCGUCUACGGCUACCUCUACCUCCUCUUCACGACCAUCAGUUCCGUCUUCGAAGACCAAUACGGCUUCUCGCAAGGCUCAGUCGGCCUCUCGUAUCUAGGCAUCGGCAUCGGCUCGAUAAUCGGGCUUGUCAUUCUCGGCGCGACAUCCGAUCGCCUGCUGAAGUAUUUGACUGCGAAGAAUGGGGCCAGUAAGCCGGAGUAUCGGCUUCCACCUAUGAUUCCUGGCUCGCUGUUUGUUCCUGCUUCGCUCUUCAUGUAUGGGUGGACGGCGUAUUAUAAAACGCAUUGGAUUGUGCCGAUUAUUGGGACGUCUUUUCUUGGUGUUGGGAUGCUGAUUUCAUUUAUGACUGUCAGCACUUACCUCGUCGACGCCUUCACCAUCUAUGCGGCGAGUGCUAUGGCUGCGAAUACAGUCUUCCGAUCUCUGGCUGGCUGCUUGCUUCCGCUCGCCGGGCCAAAGAUGUAUGAGACUCUCGGGCUGGGGUGGGGUAACUCACUGCUUGGGUUCAUUGCGCUGGCAUUGUGCCCGCUACCCGUCAUUUUCUACGUCUUUGGUGAGCGCAUUAGAACUAGCAAGCUGUUCCACGUGCAGUUUUAA